UUUUUUUAUCUUCUAUCCAACUUUAAGGGUAGAGAAGGGAAACGAGAGAGAAAGAAAAUAGGGAAGUGAUGUCAACAACGUCCCAAACUAUUGUUAACCACAGUUUGUUUGAAGAUCAAGAUCAGAUCCCUACGCAGAUGGGGUUCAUUCCUUUCUCAGCAAAUCUUACCUUCCCUUCUUUGGGUUGCCAUCCAUCUUUGAAAUCCAUCAGUGUAAUAGCUCCUUCACUUUCUUCUGAAGCCGCUAAUUCUACUGCAAAUUUUGCAGAAACCCUACUUGCAACCUCUGUUCAAAAACCACAAGAUCUCACUUCUAUUUUUGGAGGAGGAUCGAGGGUAAAUUCAGGGGCAUGGGGAGAAGUAACAGAUUACUUGAUUGGUAAAAGAAGUGGAGGAGAUGAUCAAUAUCUAGGGGUUUCUGCCAUGAAGAUGAAGAAGAUCAAGGCAAGAAGGAAGGUGAGGGAACCAAGGUUUUGCUUCAAGACUAUGAGCGAUGUGGAUGUGUUGGAUGAUGGCUACAAGUGGAGGAAGUACGGGCAGAAAGUGGUAAAGAACACACAACACCCAAGAAGCUACUACCGUUGCACCCAAGAUAAUUGUCGAGUAAAGAAACGCGUGGAGCGCUUAGCUGAGGAUCCAAGGAUGGUGAUAACCACAUAUGAAGGGAGACAUGUGCACUCUCCAUCAAAUGAACUUGAAGACUCGCAAACUUCAUCUGAACUUAGCAAUUUCUUGUGGUAGUGUACACGAAUAUAAUAUUUACAUAUGUAUAUUUCUAUCCUAAGGGUGUGUUUAAUUUGUAGAGAUGAAGACGGAACAAGUAGAGAGGGAAAUGAGUAAAAAUUGACAGUGUAUCUAGGAAAUGAUGCAUGCUUUGAUUCAUUGUCAAUUUUCACUCCUUUUCACCCACUCCUCCCAUUUUCACCCAUUCU